CUCAAACUCCCUCUCUUCCAUUUUAUACUGUUUUUAAAAAAAACUUAAAAAUAUCAAAAUUCCAUUUUGUUUCCUAGUAAAUAUCGAUUUCAACUUCUAGAUGUAAAAUUAUACACUAUUUUCGUUGUUUCUUUGAUGUUAUCAAAUCUUAUACAACUCAACAUUGUUUUUAUUUUGCUUAUCCGACUUUCUUGUUUGAAUUUCUGGUAAAAGCUUCGAAUGGGGACUCCAACCCCUAAAAUCAAUCGGCUUUUUGCUUCUUCUAGCCCGAAGAUUGGUCCGGAUCCAUCUUUCGAUCUGCAUGCAUUCACUCAAUCUCCUGUUAAGAAAAAUGGAAAACAACAUAUUGUUACCCCCAAGGCUGUUCAACAAAAAAUGGUUACACGAAGCAAAGGCAAACGGAAGGGGAAAGAAAUUUCGCUUGGAAUGUCAAACGAAAUUGGUUCUGAUUCAGAUUUUGAAAAUGAAUUUGCUUCUCCUUCUUCUAAGAAAAAGAAGGUUGACAGUGGUAAAACAUCCAAUCCGAAGAAAGAAAAUGAGUUUCAUAGUGUUUUACAAAAAGAUGUUAAAAAAGGUCAAACAUCAAAGAGAAACCGUGCAAAACCGAAAUUGAAGGUAAAAAGCAAGUAUUUAUUACUUUAAUUGUUGUUUAUGUUCAAAUUAACUGGUAUGAAUUUUGGAUAGAAAAUGGUAUGUAUCAUGUUUAUUUCUGGGUUUAUUAUUGGUGUAUGAAUGUUAUAUUUUUAUGUAUUUUUAUUGUAUAUAAACCUGAGCCAUAUAUGGUAGAUAUAAUUUUGUUAUAUUUUUUGAGUUGAUUGUUCAUCUGCAGUUAAUACAUACACUUUUUAUACACCAAUAAUACAUUCACUGUUAUAAGCUUAUAAUACAUAUACGGUACUAAGCCUAAAAUACAUAUACUUUAAUUGUUGUUUGUGGGCAAAAUAAUUGGUAUGAAUUGUGUUUAGUAAAUGGUAUGUUUCAUUUUUAAACUUGGUUUUUAUUAUUUGUGUAUCAAUGUUGUAUAAUUUAGGUAUUUUUGUUGUAUAUAUACUUGAGCCAUAUAUAACAAACAUAAUUUUUAUAUAUUUUCAGUAUUUGUUCUCUUGUGGUAAUACAUAUUCUUGUCAUACACAUUUAAAAUACAUUCACUGUUGUGUUGUACACAUUUAAGACCUUUUCAGUGUAUUAGAUUUUCUAUUAGUUUUGAUUUUGUUUAGUAAUUUGUUAUUUAUUAUAUAUUUUGGUAAAGAAGGUUCAAACCAGAUUUUGUACUUACACCAACAUCAAAGCUAUUGAGCAUAUAAAGUUGCGAUUAAAGUCUAAGAAGCAAUUGCAGAUGUUUAGGGAGACCCCAUUUGGUCAUUUUCUUGAUUUACCGAAUAUCAAGGUUCACCCACAACUCAUUCGCAGCUUGAUGUAUGCGGAGACUGAUAAUGAUAGAGAUGAUAUGUUUAUCAUCAAGUUGAAUGGAGAAGAGCUCUUUUUUGGCAUAAGAGAGUUUGCCAUUAUUGGUGGUUUGAAAUGCGGCAUGCCGAGUGAAUUUGUUCCGGACCAUAAUUCACCAAAUAGGUUAAUGGAUAGUUACUUUUCCAAUCAACAAAGGGUACUCAGGAGUGAGUUGAUAAGUUUUUAUGAAUGAAGCAUUUGUGUGUGUGAUGAUGAUCUGUUAAAAAUGUCCAUUUUGUAUUUUAUUAGCAUACUCCUAUUCUCAACUGAGCCUUCCAAAUCUUAUGUAUCUAGGCUGCACUUUGACUUAGUUGAGAGUGGUGAAUAUAGGAACUAUCCGUGGGGAAACAAUUGUUUUAACGAAACACUUGCUUUUGUUCGUCACCAAUUGAGUGGUGAUCCAUCGUAUUAUAGGGUUGGGGGCUUUCCACUUGCUUUGCAGGUUUGGUUUUAUGAAUGUUGCUCGAAGGUUGAUCCUUUUGUUGCUACUCGUAUUCGAAACUACAUUCCUCGUAUUCUUAAUUGGCAAACAUCCCAAGAUAUAUUGUACUUUGACUAUCUGAAGAGGGGGAUGUUCAAAACUUAUGGGAAUCAGGUGGUUUUUUCCAACAUCACACCAGCAAACGAUGAAUUGUCACUUCUCACUGAGUUACCAGAUCUGCCACGAUCUGCCACGACCACGUACUACUACAAGUGAUACACCAUUUGUACAUGGUUCUUUGUUUGAGGAAUUGAAGAAUGAGGUUGUAAAUGUUCGUGAAGAUUUGAAACUAUUUCAGAAGAAGGUAGAGGAUGAUUUUAAACAGUUGAAGCAACAGUUGGAUCAAUCAAUAUUGGACAUACUCACAGAGAUCAAGUCUUUACAUGGCAGGCAGACGGAAAAUAAUGAAUAUGAGGGUACUGGAGGUGUGAAGGUUGUAGAUGGAAAAAGAAUUUAUAGUGGUGACCACAAUGACAAGUAUCAUGACAUACAAGCUGAGGUUGAUGAACAAGCGGCUAAGGGUGCGGUUGGUGGGCUUGAUGGAAGUGUGCCAAUAUCUGGUCAAGCUGCAGUAUAUUUGAAGACACAUAGUAAGCUUUUAAUUUCUGGUAAAUUAUAUUUAUGUCCAUAUUUCACAUCCUUAAAUAGAUAUAUCAUAGAUGGUUCAAAAUGUGUAUGUAAUUUUUUUCAGUUAAUAUUUUUAAAACUUUUAUAUCAUUCAUAUUUUUGUAUGAAACGUGUAACUAGUAUGCAUGCUGGGAUUGGUGAAGCAUGUGAUAAUGAUCAAGAUGAUGUAGAAGCAUUGAAGAGUCUACAUGAACAAGAAGAAUUGAAGAUUCAAGUUGGUGUGCAUGAUGGAUUUGAUGGAGCUGGUGAUAAUUGUCUAUUUCAUCAACAAGCCUCAAUGAUUCAUACUGAACAUGUUCCUAAUUUAGAUACUUCUUUAGAUGAUGUGGUUGUUGGAAUUGAUAAAAUGGGUAGUUUGUGCAAUUUUGUCUCCAAAACCCCUACCCUUGAUGACAUUGAAUUGCCUGCAUAUAGCGAGACCCAGAUUGUUGCGAUUGAAAACAGUUACUAUUCUAACAAUGACACUCCUGAACAACAGCCAAGACUCAGAAAGACUGGAAAAUACAAAUCAUCUCCGUAUGUUGGUUUUAGUUCAGCUGGCAGCAGCGUGGGUAAAUCACCUUUAUAUUUCAACAUAAAACAUCCUUUUGUAAAUAACAAUGGAUUAGAAGUUGAUGAUGCACUGCUCAAUGAAUUUACAUCUUGGGUAUAUGCUAAAGUCUCUAAACGGAAGAACAGAAUUUCAGCAUACACUUUAAAGGACAACAAGAUUGUUAAUCCUUAUGAUUUGGGAGUUAAGAAAGUUGACAAAAUGGAGUGGUUCUACAAUGUCAUUCAAAUUGGGAAAGCGUGGGAAGACUCGCAUGUUGAUGUCGUUAUGUAUUACUUGAGGAAAAAAGCAAAGUAUGGUCCAAAUAACCCAGUGAGAUACACAACAACAGAUUGUUUUUUCAUAAAGUGGGUUGAGGCUAUCCACAAGCAGUACAAGGAAUACAAAAAUGAUAAGCGUUUUAUUACUGCUAAGCAUAAUGUGGCAAAAAUUAUUCGUGGGUUUAAAUUGAUUGCAAAUAAUUCUUGGGAUACAGUUGAUAAUGUGCUCAUCCCAGUCAAUAUAAGCGAAGAAUACCAUUGGGUGUUAGUUGUUUUAUGUAUUAAAAGAAGGUGUUUCUAUGUAUAUGAUUCAUUCCCGGCUGGGGCUAUGCAUACUAAUUCAAUUCGAGAAGUUGUUGAAAGGCUGGCCACCAUGAUACCUCUCUUUUUCAAUUGUACUGGAUUUUAUGGGAAAAGAAAUGACAUAAACUGGAUAACGGAACCAGCAUAUGUUGGGAAGAGCUUUGAUGAUCCUUUUGAAUAUGUCUUUGUGGAGCAUUUGCCAUAACAACAUCCGGAGUCUAAUGAUUGUGGGUUAUACACAUGUGCAUUUGCUGAAUAUAUCAGCCAAGGUGUAUUUGAAAUUUCAGAAGAAGAUUUUGAUGCCGCUCUUCAUCGUCGGAGGUAUGGUGCACUGCUGUGUGAUUAUGCAAGAAAAAAGCAGGCUGAUGGAGCUAUUAGUGAGAGUGAAGUAACAGGAAAUGUUACCAGCAGAUUUGGUGGUCCAAAAAUUUGCAAGGAAUUAGUACCUGAAAGGGAGAAAUUGCCGAGACUGAAACGAAAAGUUUAGAAUUCUUAGAAUUAAUGACUAGUUAUUAGUUUGUUGGUUUAAGAAAGAUGAUUUUUGUUGAUGUUGGCCUAAGUAGUUGACUGAUUUUGUUGGUUAAUUAAGUUUGAUUAAUAUGA